CCAAAGCGAAUAGAGUCGACCGACCCAACCACCGCCGCCGUAGGAGGAAGCGAUCGGCGAUGUCGUCGGAGGGCAGCAGAAGAGUGGGUGGAGGAGGGCCGGACUUCGAUUUGCCGGAUGAGAUACUGGCGGUGAUUCCGAGCGACCCGUACGAGCAGCUGGAUCUGGCGAGGAAGAUCACGUCGAUGGCGAUAGCGGCGAGGGUUUCGAAUCUGGAGGCGGAGGUGGGGAGGCUGAGGAUGAAGCUGGGCGAGAAAGAUAGGGUUAUAUUUGAGCUUGAGGAGACGGCGUCGCGUCUGCAACGUGUUAAUCAUGAUGCUGACUCGAGGUUGGGGAUUGCUCUGGAGGAGAAUAUGAGGAUUUCCAAAGAACGAGAUUCGCUGGCAACGACUGCUAAGAAGCUCAGCCGUGACUUGGCCAAAUUGGAAACAUUUAAGAGGCAACUGAUGCAAUCUCUAAAUGAUGAUAAUUCAUCUCCAGCCAGGACUGUUGAUAUCGGCACCUGUGAUCAAGCAGUUCCAAAGGCAUAUCCAGAUGAGGAGACAAAUGGCUACUCAGCACAAUAUUCGUCAACUGGUUCUACUAAUAUGGGGAACACAACUGAUGAAGCCUUGAGGAAUGGUGAGCAAAAUUUUUCAUUGACUCCCUAUAUCACACCUCGACUUACUCCAACUGCUACUCCAAAGGUCUUUUCGACAACUGGGUCACCUAGAGCAUAUUCUACCAUCCCAUCUCCGCAGCAGACCUCUGGUGCCACAUCUCCCACAAAAUCAUAUGAUGGACGGAAUUCAGUGUCUUCUUGGUACCCAUCAAGCCAGCAGUCAUCAGCAGCUAACUCUCCACCUCAUGGACGACCAUUGUCAGGGCGGACUCCUCGAAUUGAUGGAAAGGAGUUCUUUCGUCAGGCCAGGAGCCGCCUAUCAUAUGAGCAGUUCAGUGCAUUCCUGGCUAACAUCAAGGAGCUAAAUGCUAAAAAGCAAACCCGGGAGGAAACUCUGAGGAAAGCAGAGGAGAUCUUUGGGACGGAUAACAAAGAUCUGUAUUUAUCAUUUCAAGGAUUGCUAAACCGCAACAUACAUUAGUGUCCACCACUUGUAACCUAUAUAAUAAUCAGUUCUGCAGUCUGGCACCUUGCCGUGUAGGCCGGGAUAGAACUUGUUCCCAGCGGCUAUGAAUGGAAGGUCCAUGGCUCUUUCUGUCUUGUUAUUUGCCAAGAUGUUUCAACAUCAAGGGAUCUGUUGAGAUGUAUUCAAUAUUCAGACAUUUGUUGAGAUAUAAUCCACAUCAAGUUGAGUUUCAGCAAACUAUAGAGUAGGGUUUUGUAGGCUUCAGUUUGUCUCAGAAUGCAGGUAUGUCGUGUAUAUAGUUGCUUUAUUUCUUGGAUUACCAGCUGGGUUAUUUGAACUAAAACGAAAAGACAUUAGCUUCCUGAGUUGGCGGUUUCGCCUUGCACAUGCGAAG